CAUUGCGCAGCUUAAAAGUAAAAGAAGCGUUUCCUUCACCACCGCCGCCUCCAUCGCCGUCGCCGCGCUUGGACCGGCCGUGGCGGGUGACGCGCCUCGCCUGGCCGCCCCACCGCUGGUCCGCCCCCACUGGCCGUGGCUUCCGGUGCAGCUUCGGCGCCUCCACCGACGGUGGCGGCGAUUACGCCCGAUUAAGAACGCGCCCUACGGGUCCCAGUAUUUCUCGCCUGCCUUCCAUGAAGACGAUUUUUCACUUUUAGGUAUCUUGAAUGGGUCCCGUGGUAGGGAGUGUUCUUCCAUCUCUUGGUCGUGUAAGGCUCGCUGAUCUUGUAGCCUCUGAAGGUCUUCCUCCAGACUCUUACAAGAUCUCUGUAUCAACACUAACACAAUCCUUUGCUCAGUAUUCUGCUGCUAUCAUUGAGUUAUCUCCUGGAGACAGUGCUCUUUUAAGAUCUGGUCUGGAAUCUGCGCGUUUGUUUUUUCAUCAGCGUGCGUACCCUCCUGCUGAUAUGGUUCAUACAAAUGAAACCCGUGAGUGGUGCAAGACAUCUGGAUAUUAUGCGGACCCUCAACUGUGGCAAGAAACAUAUGAUUACAGGCCUGGUCUUACUGCAGCAGAGCCUCAUGGUUCAAUGGAAUUUCCUCCAGCUGGCUUGCCUGACAUAUUUGCAGUUCUUGGCAAGGCUGCCCGAGAUGUAUUGGAUGCUAUCAGCUUUUCUUUAAAUUUGCGCAGCUUUUCAUUUGCUGAAAUACUUGAUAACAUGCCUUUGAGAAGUAGGGAGAUAUCCUCCUCAGUUCUUUCAGUAUGCUGUCAUUCAAGACCAUCAUUCCAAGGAGCACAAAACCACAAUUUGACAGCACAGGAAGAUGGACAGCUGGUCAUGUUCCCAGAUCAUGAGCAUCAAGUUGAUAAGGCCUUAAUUACUCUUGUCAAGUCAGAUAUGGCAGGAUUGCAUAUAAAAGACUUCCAUGGACGUUGGAUCCUUGUUGAUGGAGAUCUUGGCCCUCAAGAUGCAAUUAUUUAUCCUGGACUUGCACUUUACCAGGCAACUGCGGGUUAUGUGAGCCCUGCCAUGCUUAGGGUAGAGAUGGGCAAUUUGCAAAGUAACAUGUAUGGAAGAUGCUCUUUGGCUUUCAAGCUCAUGCCUAGAUCCAUGGCAAGUCUUAGCUGUUCAGAGAUGAGAGCAGCUGGUCAUGGAGUUGAAGCACAAUUCCAGAUUCCUAUACCGGUGGAUGACUUUAUGCAGAGGUCACACUCUACUGAUCAAUUCGCUAAACUUAAUUAUCCCAGCUACACGUUUCAACCUGGCCAAGAUGCAUCCAUGAAACCUCAUAUAAAGAGUAAGAAGGACAAGACGAGGUGCAAGCCUUUGCCUCCUUCUAAGAAACUACGUCUGGAGGCUCAGAGGGUCCUCAAGGAGCGUGUUCAAGAUAUUGCUGAAAAGAAGGGCAUAAAACUCAGGUUUUGUAAUCUUAAGGAGUGUGAGGGCCACAUGCUAUCAAUGGACAGCCCAUGUGGGAAUAUAAGAAUGGAGAUUGGAUGGCCUCCUGGUGUUCCAUUUGUUCAUCCACAUGACCUUCCUAACAAGGCGAAGCUUGGCUUCCUCGAAGCUUAUGAGCCUGGUUGGGCAGCUUCUCAGCAAGAUAUGGAGAGUCAGUCUUCAUAACUUCUGAUAUUUAGGCAUCCUUUAUUGGCCUUGUGACUUCACAAACUCUGCCAAGAGUUCAACUCCUGCAGUCAUUGGCCCAAAUGUGCAAUGACCUAUCAGCAUGUAUGUCUCUCCAAAUCCCUGAGAUUAAAGUGUAGAGCUGAUUUAAUUUACCAACAACGACCUCGAAUACAAUGCAUCAGUUGCGAAGAAUAUAAAGCUGGCAUUCUUCUCUUUA